GCUUCCCUAGCAGGUGGAAGGGAGCCCAUGCGGCGCCUGUAAACGGAAAACCAGUGAAGGCAGCUCUGGGCUGCGACCGCCCGUCGGACCCGGCGGGAGGGAUUCCAAAGGGACCACCAGCAAGCCCAGAGCUCAGAGUUCCCGCUGCUUGGAGCCGGGGUCGGCCCCUGGCGCCAUCUCGGAGCUCCGCACACCUUGUAUGGGGGAGGCAGGCUGCUCCUAGCCCCGCACCCCAGGAGGCGCGCUCCGAGGGAAGCCGCCAACGCGCCGCCUCUGCCUCGGCGCGGAACAAACGGUUAAAGAUUUUGGGCAGCGCCUCGCGGGAGGGAGGAGCCAGGGGCCCAAUCCGCAAUUAAAGAUGAACUUUGGGUGAACUAAUUUGACCAAGGUAACGUGGGCAGCAACCUGGGUCGCCUAUAAAGCGGGCGCGCGGCGGGGUUCGGAGGGCUGGCGGCGGCGGCAGGUGGCGCGGGAGGCCACGGCGCGCCAUGGGGCUCCUGGCACUGCUGGCCAGUGCGCUCUGCACCUUCGUGCUGCCGCUGCUGCUCUUCCUGGCCGCGAUCAAGCUCUGGGACCUGUACUGCGUGAGCAGCCGCGACCGCAGCUGCGCCCUCCCUUUGCCCCCUGGAACUAUGGGCUUCCCCUUCUUUGGGGAAACAUUGCAGAUGGUGCUACAGCGAAGGAAGUUCCUGCAGAUGAAGCGCAGGAAAUACGGCUUCAUCUACAAGACGCAUCUGUUCGGACGGCCCACAGUGCGGGUGAUGGGCGCUGACAACGUGCGGCGCAUCUUGCUCGGGGAGCACCGGCUGGUGUCGGUCCACUGGCCUGCGUCGGUGCGCACCAUCCUGGGCUCCGGCUGCCUUUCCAACCUGCACGACUCCUCGCACAAGGAGCGCAAGAAGGUGAUUAUGCGGGCCUUCAGCCGAGAGGCGCUACAAUGCUACGUGCCGGUGAUCGCGGAGGAAGUAGGCAAUAGCCUGGAGCAAUGGCUGAGCUGUGGCGAGCGCGGCCUCCUGGUCUACCCCCAGGUGAAGCGCCUCAUGUUCCGCAUCGCCAUGCGCAUCUUGCUGGGCUGCGAGUCCCGGCUGGCGAGCGGCGGGGACGCUGAGCAGCAGCUGGUGGAGGCCUUCGAGGAAAUGACCCGCAAUCUUUUCUCGUUGCCCAUCGACGUGCCCUUCAGCGGGCUGUACCGGGGCGUGAAGGCGCGGAACCUCAUCCACGCACGCAUCGAGGAGAACAUUCGCGCUAAGAUCCGCGGGCUGCGGGCGGCGGAGGCGGGCGGGGGCUGCAAAGAUGCCCUGCAGCUUUUGAUCGAGCACUCGUGGGAGAGGGGAGAGAGGCUGGACAUGCAGGCACUAAAGCAAUCGUCAACCGAACUCCUCUUUGGAGGACACGAAACCACUGCCAGUGCAGCCACCUCUCUGAUCACUUACCUGGGGCUCUACCCGCAUGUUCUCCAGAAAGUUCGAGAAGAGCUGAAGAGUAAGGGUUUACUUUGCAAGAGCAAUCAAGACAACAAGUUGGACAUGGAAAUUUUGGAACAGCUUAAAUACAUUGGGUGUGUUAUUAAAGAGACCCUUCGACUGAAUCCCCCAGUUCCAGGAGGGUUUCGAGUUGCCCUUAAGACUUUUGAAUUAAAUGGAUACCAGAUUCCCAAGGGCUGGAAUGUUAUCUACAGUAUCUGUGAUACUCACGAUGUGGCAGAUAUCUUCACCAACAAGGAGGCAUUUAAUCCUGACCGAUUUAUGCUGCCUCACCCAGAGGAUGCUUCCAGGUUCAGCUUCAUUCCAUUUGGAGGAGGCCUUAGGAGCUGUGUAGGGAAAGAGUUUGCAAAAAUUCUUCUCAAAAUAUUUACAGUGGAGCUGGCCAGGCAUUGUGACUGGCGCCUUCUAAAUGGACCUCCUACAAUGAAAACCAGUCCCACCGUGUACCCUGUGGACGAUCUCCCGGCAAGGUUCACCCGUUUCCAGGGGGAAAUCUGAUGGGUGUGAAUGCCCAGACCUCAGGCUUAUUUGAAGUGUACACAUGAGUUUUUACAUAGUGUCCUGUUGAUUUUAUUAUAUUUAAUUGCAAAAUAUAUAUUAUAAUAUUUAUAUGUCUCUACUACAGUACCACAGUCUUUAAAUAUUAAAAUAAUGAAUUUGGAUAGUUUCCAAAUAAAUUAAAAUUUGAAGGUGCUUGUCUUGCAUUUAAGAUUCCUGUGGGGGAAAACUCACCGGUUUUGUAUUUGUAUAUUUAACUAGAUUUGUAAAUGUCUACAUGCGUGGUUUUGUCAUCUGUGCAUAUCUAUUUUCUAUGAGGAAGAAACUUUAGCUGUUUUUUCUCUUAACAAUUAGAAAUAUAUAUUAUAUGUGUGUGUGUGUGAGUUACUCCAAAGGUAACUUUGUAAAUUUUUCUAUGGUACUUUAGAUACCCUAUUUGGAAACUUUAUCCAAGUUAAUUUUAGAUUUUUUUUUGUUUGCUUUACGUUAGA